AUCUGGCUAACAGCUAACCUUGAGUGGUAUUUCACUCUGUCUGAGUAACUAAUCUUUAUCCACUAUCAAUCCAAUCCGGCAAUAUCAGGUGAGCUAUGGCUUCUGUUGUAUCCAAGAAGCGGUGGGCAACUUCGGAGGAAUGGGCCGCCCAGAAGCAGACCAUCAUUGGACUGUAUCGGGAGAAGGAGUUGGAAGAUGUCAUGAAGAUCAUGGAACGAGAUCAUAACUUCUUCUCCACGUAAGUCAGAAACCCUACAGCAUUGGCCAAUCGAAGGGCAAUAAAUCUCAUUUCAUCCAAGGGUAAAGAUUUACAAGACAAAGAUCAAAGAAUGGGAUAUCGGCAAGCGACUCAACGAUGAAGAUGUCCUCGCCAUCCUCCAUCUCAAGGCUCAGCGGGGAGCCCAGGGCAAGCAGUCUGAGUACUGGAUCAUGGGCAAGCGAGUGAACGAGACGAACAUCCAGCGCUAUCUCAAGAGGAAGCCCCAUCUGCUUACUCGUUAUCACCGUGGCCACCGGCCCAAUCCCGAGGAGUUCGUACGGGUCACUUGUGUGACCCCCCCACCGCCGCCCGAGUCUGUCUGGCGGGUCCCAGGCACCCUGACAGAGACGGAACUCGUACUUGCCGAUUGCAGGGAUUACUUGCGGUCUUCCCGGGACUCAGGCAGCUGGAGCAUUGACGAUGAAGGCGUCGUGGUCGGGGCCAAUGCUGGACGCCGCGCUUCGGAAGCCAUUGAUGACAUCCUCGCCAAAUUCUUCGCUGCGGCAGAUCUUCUGUCCCGGUCCGAUUUCUCGGGGGCUUUCAGAUUGCUGGACCUGGCCUUCCGCUCGACUGCGACGGCCGUCUCGCUCAACGUUCCGAGGGUUCUUUCUCUUUUGAUGGCAGUCUUCUCCCGUCUUGACCGGCGCGGCCAGCGGGACACAUUAAACAUAUUCCGGAAAUACAUUCAGAGCCAGGCAGACUCCAUCAGCCAGAGUAAUACCAAACUCCCCGUCGUUCUUAGACGGCUCGGCGGGCUUGAGGUAGAGAAAUACGAUGAGGUACUUCCGAGGAUAUACGACUUGAUGAUCGAGCAGUCUGACGAGUUGUUCGGGCCGGGGAGCAACUUGAGCCUCGAGGUCUAUUGGGACCGGUAUGGGGCUUCCGUCGUCAAGGAGGAUACCCCAGACCAAGUCCGGAGUAUCAAGAAAGAGCUCGACAAAAUCCCGCACGAUGCGAAGCUCUACCCCUGGGUUCUCAGACACCAGCGACUUUAUGCAUGGAAAAUCAGCCAGAUGAAGAGAGAUCAGGGCAAGUUUAACGAGGCCCAGGAAGCUCUCCGCGCGGUGGAACACACCUAUACUGAUUCGAGCCAUGCCGACGCUUCUCGACAUUGGUGCUUUGCGGCCAUCAUAGAAGAGAAGAGGGGGGAUAUGGUGGCGGCCGAAGCUUAUCAUCGUCUCUCGCUGAGAAUGUCGACGUACAGCGGAGACGAAGACGCCAUACAGUUCGCCAUGUUCAAGCUCACCGAACUCCUGGACAAGGUGGGCAGAAAUGCCGAGGCAGAGAAGAUACGGGAGUACGGCAGGGGACGCAUCUCGGAACUUGCUGCUGAGGUUCAAUGGGACUGGGAGGAGUUCCGGCAACGGACUGCCGCCCAGCCGGUCACCGUUCCUGCCCCUGAGAGCUCAGCUGGUGGUUAGUUAUGGUUGUGCCAUGACGCGGCUAUUCUUGGCGACAGAUCGUAACCAAGUUUCCCGGACUAGGAUCUCGACAUCGCCAGUUGAGUCGGUUGGUUCUUGGGAACUGGUGACAAGUUGGCUAUCAUUGCAGUUGAAAUAGGUAUCCGGACGGUGCUGCAAAUAUUCGCCAAGCGGCGUCUAAUGAUGGGCUGUGCAGGCAACCUCCCCAUUGAUCCUUAUUGACUUUUAGACCUCGUCUUUGAUUAGGUUGUCGAUAUCUUAAGCCUUACGCAUAGCUU